AUGGUUAGAACUACUCUCCGGAAUAUCCUUGCCGCUCUAGAUUUCCUCCAUACAGAAGCACGAGUUAUACAUACCGAUAUCCAGCCAAAUAAUAUUCUCCUUGGCAUCAAGGACGACUCAAUUUUGUCCAAAUUUGAGGAAGCGGAAUUUGAAGCACCUGUGCCCCGGAAGUCCCUCGAGGAUCGUACCAUCUACGUCUCACGACCGCUCCCCAUCUCCUAUGGGGCACCCGUUCUCUGUGAUUUAGGCGAGGCUCGACUAGGCACCGAGCAGCAACAGGGUGAUAUUAUGCCAGAUAUCUAUAGGGCACCGGAGGUCAUCUUGAACAUGACUUGGGACUACAAAGUUGACAUCUGGAAUGUUGGGAUGGUGGAUUUGUUUGAGCAUCGCCACCUUUUUAGGGCUCGGAACCCCGAAGGUAAAUUGGAUGAUGGAUAUCAUCUCGCCGAGAUGCAGGCGGUCCUAGGAGACCCUCCUCUUCGGUUCCUCGCUCGGAGCGAAAGGAGCCUCCAGUUUUGGGAUAAAAAUGGCGAAUGGAAAGGCACAGCUUCCACCCCAGAUCUUGACGCUCGGGAAGAAAGACUCAAAGGCGAUGAAAAGGUCGACUUUCUACGUUCUCUCCGACGAAUGUUAUGUUGGCUACCAGAAGAAAGAGCCACUGCAAAGGAGCUCUUAUUUGAUCCUUGGUUAAUGCAUGGUCUAUUCAAAUGA